CCACUCUUGGACAUCAAAAUCCCUAUUUUCCCAUUCCUCUUCCCCUUCCCCAACCAUGGCCAACACGGGGCUCUUCCUCCUCCUCUUUUCCUGCCUCGCUGCCGCCGUCUCGGCGGACAUGUCCAUAAUCUCCUACAAUAUGGAGCACGGCGUCAAGGGCCUGGAGCGCACCGAGGACGAGAUACGCAUGUUGUACGACGGCUGGCGCGCCAAGCACCGCCGCGUCAACAGCGCCCUCGGAGAAGAGGAGGAUCGCCGGUUCGAGAUCUUCAAGGACAACCUCCGAUUUAUCGACGCUCACAACGCCGCGGCCGCGGCCGGACACCGUAGCUUCCGGCUCGGCCUCAAUCGCUUCGCGGACCUCACCAACGAAGAGUACCGUGCCACCUUACUCGGCACCAGGUCCCGCGGCCGAGGCCGCAACCGGGUAGCUGGAGGGCGCUACCGGUACAACGACGGCGAGAAGUUGCCAGAGUCCGUCGAUUGGAGGGCCAAGGGCGCAGUCGCCGCCGUCAAGGACCAGGGCCAAUGCGGGAGUUGCUGGGCAUUCUCAACUGUUGCUGCUGUGGAAGGCAUAAACCAGAUUGUGACAGGAGAGCUUCAAACCUUGUCGGAGCAGGAACUGGUGGAAUGUGACACCAGCUAUAACCAGGGCUGCAAUGGAGGCCUUAUGGACUAUGCCUUCGAAUUCAUCAUCCAAAAUGGAGGUAUUGAUAGCGAGGAGGAUUACCCAUAUACAGCUCGUGAUGGCACCUGCGACCAGUACAGGAAGAAUGCCAAGGUUGUGUCUAUUGAUGGGUAUGAAGAUGUUCCAGAGAACGAUGAGAAAUCCCUACAAAAGGCUGUUGCACACCAGCCAGUUAGUGUUGCUAUUGAGGCUGGUGGCAGGGAGUUCCAACUCUACAAUUCGGGAAUAUUCACUGGAAGGUGCGGAACUGAGCUGGACCAUGGUGUUGCAGUCGUAGGCUAUGGAACUGAAAAUGGCCAGGACUACUGGAUAGUUAGGAACUCGUGGGGAAGCGACUGGGGAGAGAAUGGUUACAUAAGGAUGGACCGAAACAUCAAUGUUUCCUCUGGCAAGUGUGGCAUCUCAAUGGAAGCAUCUUAUCCCACAAAGACAGGAGGGAACCCUCCCAAACCUGCUCCAUCUCCUCCAUCGCCCGUGAACCCUCCUACUGUUUGUGAUAAAUACUUCUCCUGCCCAUCGAGCACCACCUGCUGCUGCGUCUAUGAAUACGGCAAGUACUGCUUUGCCUGGGGAUGCUGCCCUCUUGAGGCUGCCACCUGCUGUGAUGAUCACUACAGCUGCUGCCCUCAAGAAUAUCCUGUUUGCAAUGUUGAGGCUGGAACAUGUCUACUGAGCAAAGAUAGUCCAGUAUCAGUGAAGGCCUUCGCUCGUUCCCCUGCAAAACCAUUUUGGGCAUAUCUGGAGAAUUCUGAUUCAUCCGCAUUCAAACCAUGAAGUUCUUAGUCGAUGAAAUGAAUUCAUACGGUGAUAGAGCACCUCCUUCAGAAGACAAUUUGAUCUGUUCUGUUUAUCUUGAUGAUUGCUCAGAGCUCAUGUACAUAUAUAUAUUCACAAAUUCCAUCUCAUGAUUUAUUUCAAGUCAUGUAAAAUUGGUGCUCAGAAUUGCUUUUAAAGAAUUUUCUGAUAAGAUUUCAGAAAUGCAUUUUCUUUUUCUA